UCUGCAGUGAUAGGGGAGGGGGGAGCGGCCGCCAUCUUGCCAGUCGGUGCCGGAGGGGGCGCAGCUGGAAGGACCGGCAGCGGCAGCCGCCUCAGCGACGGCGCCACUAGGUGAGUCCGGCCGGGCGGUGGUCGUCGCCUUCUUCUUCUUGCGGCCCAUUUGCCGGCUCUUUCGUCGUUAGGGUGGUUGUCAUUGUGGCUCCUUCUCCUCUUCUGAAAGGGGGCCUCGCCGACGCGAGGGGCUUCUUCUUCGCCCUUGUUCCUAAGCCUCUUCCACCCUUCGAGGGAUGUGGUCGGGCGCCCUUUCCCGGGAAGCUUUAUGGCGUUUAAUUACGUUUUUUCUAUAUGUUGGGGGUCUCCCAGAGUGGCUGGAGCAACCCAGUCAGAUGGGCGGGGUACAAAUAAUUUUAUUAUUAUUUAUUCUUAAUUAAUGUGGCCUGCUGUGGCGACAGCCGUGCAGCGGGCUGAGGCGCCGGAAGCGGGUUUCUGAGGGAGAGAAUCGCCCUUCAGCAAACGGGGCGUGCGAAUAACGGGGCUGCCUUCUCCCUGUUCUGGCGUGAAGCUUCCCAUGACCAAAAACACCACCGCACGUCCUCGGUAAGGAUGUGUCUCCUCCGAGUGCUCGUGGUGGGAUCGGGACGAGCCCGUUGCUCGUGAGGAGCCUCCCAUUAGGCUUGGCACACGCGGAGCGCAGGAAGCUGCCUCAUGCCGAGGCCACCCAGCUCAGUGUUGGCGGCACUGGCUGGCAGCGGCGCUCCGGGGUUUUUGCUGGCCCUCCCUAGAGAUGCGGUCAGGGGUCCUGACCUGGGACUUCCUGCUUCGCGGGCUGUGUACCAGUUAGCUUUGGCCCAGAGGCGGGGUGAGAAGGGAGAGAUUCUGUACAGAGAGACAGUCUGGUGUAGUGGUUAGUGUUGGGCCUGGGAGACCAGAGUUCAAAUCCCCGUUCUUUGGGCGAACUUGGCCUAUUUACUGCCUCUCAGCCUAACCUACUUCACAGGGCUGACGGGGAUUAAAUGAGGAGAUCCAUGUGUGAUGCCUUGAGGUCCUUGGAGAAAAAGGUGCGCAAUAGAUGCAAGAAAUGAUUAAAUUUAAAUAAAUCAAUCCUGCAGGGUGUGUGAGGCCCGUUGUUUUUGAACUUGGGUCAGGGGAAAGGCAGCGGGUCCGACCUCAUCACUCUCUUCAUCCCUUAUUUAUAAUGCUUCUGAAAUUACUCAACUGGCAUGCAGCGAAUCCUUAGCGUGAGGUAGAAAGGCCUUGCGUGGUUCCCCCAUGAGGAAGUCCCUUUGCUUUUGUCCUUUACCUUUUGAGUGCAUUAAGUCAGAAAUUGUAUUUUGAGGGCAGUGCUGGCUGUCCCAAUGUUUGAGGCUCUAUGCAGCUUAAUGCAGAAUUGGAAAGCUACAAAUGUUUGCCGCCCCCCCCCAACUUGGGGUCCUGUUGAUGUAAUAGCUCAGGAUUGUUGGGCUUCAAAUUUGGCUAGCAUUUGUGGGAUCAGGGCCAAGUUAGUGUGACUCAAUAUUUGAGGGGGGGAUGCUGUCAGCAUGAUCAAGCAAAGAUGGUACUACUGGUAUUCUUUAUGGGGCAGGAGACUUUUGGCUUCUUGGUAGCUCUUCUCUUUUGUUCCCUGCCCCCACAACCUAGCCCAAAAUUCCUGUGGUGUGGUGUCUUGCACACCCCGUUGUAAGAAGCUUUGAAGAUGUAACUUUAUCAUUUGAAUGAGGCAUGUGGCAAGUGCAAGAAUAAGGGAAGGUUUUUAUUUGGAAGUGUAUUCAGUUUAAUUGGCUAGAUGCCAGGAAUAACGGACUUCAUCCAGAGCUGGCUGCAUGUUGUUGACCAAGGCAGUGAAAAGAGGCAUUUCCUUGGGAAGGAAGUUGGAAUUGCUGUUAGUCCUCUAUCCAAAAGUUUUAAGUAAUUUAUGUCCAAAGGAAAUACAGUGGUACCUUGGUUUAAGAACAGUCCGGUUUAAGAGCAAUUCAGUUUACAAACUCUGCAAAACCAGAAAUAGAACUUUACGUUGGUCUAAGAACAGAAUCCAAACGGUGGAAGGGUGCCGGCGGCGGAAGACCACAUUAGGGAAAGCGUGCCUCGGUUAAAGAAAGGUUUUGGUUUAAGAAUGGACUUCGAGAACAGAUUAAGUUUGUAAACCGAGGUACCACUGUACCAGUAAUGUCUCUGCAAGUGUGAAGCGGGGGUUGGGGCAGAGGGUGCAGGAGGUUAUUGCCGACUUGCUUGAGUUAGCAUAAAAUUCAGCUCCCCCACCUUCCUCCCAACAUUUGUUGGUAACAUGUAUGUUUCUUUCGGUUGUGGAGUGUUUCUGGGUGGAGAGCGGCAUAUAAUAGGCUAUAAGGACCAAGUGAUGUAUGCAGUCUGUGCACAUUUAUUUUGGAAAGCAGUAGAAAUAUCACAUUGCUGAGAAGAUGUGAUUUUUUGUUGUGUUCUAGACAUGCUAAUUAACUAUGUGCCUGGAACUAUGCACUAUGUGCCUGGAAUACCAAUCAUACCAACCAUGGUUGCACAUAAGUAUUGUGACUGAAAAAAAUAGCUGGCUGAAAUACACAAUAAAUCCUUUUCUCUUAAGCCAAUUUCCAGUGUGCAGAUGGCUACCUUAUUUUUCUUUCCUCCAGAAAGGAAGGCAGGACUAGUAGCCGGCAUAGCAUUCUGCUGUGACUCUUCUUGCCUUAAAGUGCUAGUAUCUCUUUUAGAAGUAGGUGGAAGAAUGAAUUAUACAGGUUUCAUAGUGCUUCAUAUUCCACAGGACCAUGAUAACUGCAUGGGUGGUACUAUUCCUACUGCCGCUAUAAUAGUAUAGCUGUAAUCCUGACUAUAAUAGUAGUGUUGAUAUCUUGCUGCUUGAGGGUGAUUGUGACUUGGCCAAAGGUCACCAGAACUCAUUAAAUUUUAAGGCUGCUUUAUUGUUUCAGUGGUCUGGUAAACCUGGAUGAAAGGACGUGGGUGACUCUGUGGUCUAAACCAUUGGGCCUCUUGGGCUUGCCAAUUGGAAGGUCAGCGGUUUGAAUCCGUGCGACAGGGUGAGCUCCCGUUGCUCUGUCCCAGUUUCUGUCAACCUAGCAAUUCAAAAGCAUGCCAGUGCAAAUAGAUAAUUAGGUACCACUGCGGCAGGGGAGGUAAGUGGUGUUUCCUUGCACUCUGGCUUCCACCACAGUGUCAGGUUGCACCAGAAGCGGUUUAAUCAUUCUGGCCACAUGACCUGGAAAGCUGUCUGUGGACAAACACUGGUUCCCUCGUCUUGAAGUGAGAUGAGCGUCACACCCCAUAGUCGCCUUUGACUGGACUUAACAAUCUAGGGGUCAUUUACCAUAUUUUUCACUCCAUAAGGCGCACCUAAUUUUUAGAGGGGAAAAUCAAGAAAAAACAAUGUGUAGCCUGUCUGCUUCUCCCAGAGCUUUUUGGGGCUGCUGGGGGAAGCCCCCCCCCCCAGCCUCAAAGAGCAAAGAAGCCAAGACAGCAAGCAGGAUCCAUCCCGCUGGCUGUCUUGACUUGUGUCUUGGCAGCUAUUCCUGAAGCCUUCGGAGCGCAGCGGGACCUCCCGCUGUGUUCUGGAGGCUUCAGGCGGCUAUCCCUGAAGCCUGGAGAGCGAGAGGGGUCGGUGUGCACCAACCCCUCUCGCUCUCCAGGCUUCAGUGAAAGCAGCGCAAAGCCUCCGGAGUGCGGAGGGAGCGCUCCCUCUGCGCUUCGGAGGCUUUGUGUUGCUAUUGCUGAAGCCAAGGAGCCUGCAUUCGCUCCAUAGGACGCACACACAUUUCCCCUUAAUUUUUGGAGAGGAAAAAGUGCAUCCUAUAGAGCGAAAAAUACGGUACCUUUUUAAACCUGGAUUGCCCCAGCCAUUCUGGGCGACACCAACAAAAUAUUAAAAACACAAGAAAGCUUCAGACAUUAAAAACAUCCCUUCAGAUGUCUUCUAAAAGUCAUAUAGUUGUUCAAUUUAUUUUUGGCUUUAAUGCUCAUGGACAAAUCCAAAGGUUUCUGCUGAAGAACUGGCUAUAUAUGUAUAACAAUUGCAUAGAUAGACUAGAAAUGAUUGAUGGUAGCAGUACCACCUCACAGUCUUGCUAAAAGUUUACAAGGAGGCCUUCUGGGACUUGGGGUGUUUGUGUAAUUGCCCAUUUCUAAAAUUAUAUUGAGAUCACUAGUAAAGAUCAGCUAUCCUUGCUGGAGGACAAGGUCCAAACUCUUCAAAGAGCAUCCUUUUUCCUGGAAUGGCUUUCACCUUCCCCUCAGGUUUUUGCUAGUUAAUAGGGAACCUAAUGUAAAUUGUCAGCAGCUGGGCUGAGGGGGUGCCUUUAAGGGAAAGGUAGAGGGCUAAUGGCAGAACUUUUUUGCACUGCCACUUGCUUUUGGCCUUUCUUUUUGAGGAGAAGCUUCUUCUUUUUUUGCAUAGUCACUGCUCUAGGCUUCCAAACAGGAGGCAGACUUGGAACAGUGUCAGUCAGAAAUGCCAAUGGUGGACUCCUCCAUAGUUGAGUAAAUGCCUUGGCUCACAGAAACACACAUUUCUUUUUGUCCAGUGGCUUCUCAUUUUCAGUACUGAAACGUGUGCCUUCAGUGUUCGAAACUCCCAUUGUUCUAGGCACAAUUUGCCACAGGGAAUUUCAUUAGUGCGAGCUGUUUCUGAGCUCUGGGCACAGUACUGCACCCAAAAUUUCAGAUUGAAACUGCAGAGUGGAAGGAAAGGAGAAGAGACCCUCUUAAUAAUAUUAGGAGGGUGGGCAGGGGAAGGACUAGACCAUGGAAAAAUGAACAUAAUAUUUUAGCUGCAGUUCAUUCAUUUUCAGCUUUGUAUUGUUAUAUAAAUAGCAGGCCAAGACAUUCCAUUGUUGUGCCCAUAACCUAGGUUUAAGGUGCCAUUUAACUCCCUGCUUUCAUAUCUCAAAUACUGUGUGACUUCUCUGUUAAGAGGUUUGAGAAAUGCUACUAUAGUUAACUGGGUAAGGGGAACAGCAUUCAUUAUAAGUGAUUGUGACUUGAGCUGAUUAAUCUGUGUAGCAGAUGGCUCUCAGAGAUCAGAGAGCCAUAUACUGUCAUACCUCAUAUUACGUUUGAUUCAUGAUACGUUUUUUCAGGUUGUGUCCUGUGGCGACUUGGAAGUACCGGAAAGGGUUACUUCUGGGUUUAGCCGCAUGCGCACAAGCACCAAAUUGCGCCAUGCACAUGCACAGAUACGGCACUUCAUGUUGCGGGCUUUUCAUGUUGCAGACGGGCCUCCGGAAUGGAUCCUGUUCGCAACCAGAGGUACCACUGUAAAUCUCGGAUUUUCCAACUGGGGCUGGGUGUUAUAUUGAUACAUUGUUGCAAAACGGUUUGAAGUCCAUAUCAUGAUAUUGGUUUCAUAAUUUUUGACCUGCCAAAAACCCUGAAGCCAGCCAGUGCCUCUACAUAACUCCAUCCUUAUUUCAGACAUCAUGAUUCAUCACGAUGUUGAAACAUUGUGAUAUAUCACAUUGUUGAAAACCAGCUAUCACCCAACCCUACUUCCAACAAAGUGUUUCUUUGAGAUUAGGAUACGGCUAACUCCCUUUUAAGUUGGUGGCCAUUUCUUGUUACAAAUUCCAUAGCUUUACUUCUCACUGUAUGAAGAAGCUCCUUUUGACUGUCUUUGGUGUUCUACCACUCAUUUUCAUUGAAUGAUGAUUGGCUUUAGUAUUAUGAGAGGUGGGGGGAAACCUUUCACUCCACUCUAUGCAUACUUUUGUAAAUCUCUAUCAUAUUUUCUCUUUCUGCUGAGCCUGUUCAUAUUCUGCUCAUUUGAGCUCUGACUACUUAGCUUGAGCUGAGCUGUGGAACUCCUUGUGACAAAGUUAGUCAGCAACAUAAAUUUCUCUAAUUUGUUGGGGUGUAAAUAAUAUUUGAUACAUGGAAUAGAAAGCGUUCCACUUUGUUGAGAGGAAGUCUUCCCAAUAGGGUUGAGAAAAGCAGCAGUGCUCUAAGACGGUGUUCUUCAACCUUGGGUCUCCCCUCAUGUUGUUGCGCUAUAGCUCCUGUCAUCCCUGACCAUUGGCUAUGUCGGCUCAGGAUGAUGGGGAAGCAAGGUUGAAGAAUUGCGCUCUAAGGAGCAUGAAGUUAUUUGAGAGAGAUACUAGUCUGUACUGAUGCUAUCUGCAUUAUUUGGAGAACGGAACAAAAUAUGCAUGGCUGGCUGUGAUCUGUAAUUGCCAUCAGCUCAAAAUGGAUAUCUGCAAGUCUGCUGUCUAUAAUCUCCCUUGCACAGUACUGUUAGGAAGCUAAGAUAAGAGCCGUUGUUAAAAUGGAUGUGCUGAUUUGUGUACAAGACAAAUUUGUGCUACACCCUUCAAGCAACGAUAAAGCCGCUUGCUUCUCUCAGAGCAGUUUGUGAAAGUGGUAAUCCCAAUUUGAUAUCAACUUGGAUGCCCACAAUUCUGCUUGCCAGGGCAGACUAUCUUUUCCCUCCGACUCGCAACAGCCUCUAACAGGUGUUCGCUUGUGCAGUUUGGAUAAGAAAAGAAAAUGGCUGUAAUUUCCUUGUCCUUGAACCAAUGAAGCAAGACCCUGUUGUGUUUGCAGAAUCAGUAGCCAAAAAGGUAGAGACUUGGCUAGUAGCCCAAGCUGAUACUUGUGGAUUAUUGUAUAAGAAGCUAGGAACAGUGGUACCUUGGGUUACAGACGCUUCAGGUUACAAACUCCGCUAACCCAGAAAUAGUACCUUGGGUUAAGAACUUUGCUUCAGGAUGAGAACAGAAAUCGUGCGGUGGCGGCAGUGGGAGGCCUCAUUAGCUAAAGUGGUACCUCAGGUUAAGAACUUCAGGUUAAGAACGGACCUCCAGAACGAAUUAAGUUCUUAAUCCGAGGUACCACUGUACAGUAGUGUCUUAUUCCACCUAGUACUCUUGGAGCAUGACAUUGAGGGGGGAAAUGCAAAUUUAGAGCCUAAGGUUAUUGAUUAUGAAACAAGUUUUCUCUUUCAUGUGACAACCCUUAAGAUAUUUGAAGAUGGCUAUUAGGCCUGGCCAGGGAUGCGGGUGGUGCUGUGGGUAAAACCUCAGCGCCUAGGACUUGCCGAUCAAAAGGUCGGCGGUUCGAAUCCCCGCGGCAGGGUGCGCUCCCGUCGUUCGGUCCCAGAGCCUGCCAACCUAGCAGUUCGAAAGCACCUCCGGGUGCAAGUAGAUAGAUAGGGACCGCUUACCAGCGGGAAGGUAAACGGCGUUCCGUGUGCUGCUCUGGCUCGCCAGAUGCAGCUUGUCACGCUGGCCACGUGACCUGGAAGUGUCUGCGGACAGCGCUGGCUCCCGGCCUGUAGAGUGAGAUGAGCGCACAACCUUAGAGUCUGGCAAGACUGGCCCAUAUGGGCAGGGGUACCUUUACAGUGGUGCCUCGCAAGACGAAAUUAAUCCGUUCUGCGAGUUUCUUCGUCUUGCGGAUUUUUUCGUCUUGCGAAGCACGGAUGCACCCUGGUACUGUAUUAUAAUGGGAUAGCGGGCAAAGCACAAAGCGGGUCGCUCCCCAGCAGGAGGAGUUUCCCCAGCCUGGAGGAUCUGUUGCCGGGAAGAGGCAAAGACACCCCCUCCCACCUCCCCAUGAAAACAGCCCCCCUUCCUCUGUCGCCAAGCCUUGCCGCGUCUUCGCUCCGCCAAACCGCGUCCCACAUCAAAGCCCCAGCCCGCUCCUCUCCCUCUCUCUCCAUGAGGUGCCAAAGGAAGUUUGAGCCCAGGAACCGAGGGCGGACGCACGAAGCGCCCGGCGCGGACUCUCCCUUGCUCCCCCCGUUACCUUGCGCCACGCCGCCGGGCUCCCCACAGUCUCGGCAGCUGCUCCCGGCUUCUUCCCACCCCCGCAAAGGCGCCUUCGCGGCCGCCCAAGCACAGUGGAUGCCUCCUCCUCCUCCUCCUUUGUCCCGCCUCUUCCUGCCUUCGCGCAGUUAGAGCAAAAUGGAGCAGCCACGUGGGGAGGGGGAGAGAGAGAGAGAGAGGCAGAGGCAGAGGCGGCACAGAGACCCAGCCAGAUCCGCUGGAUCCCAGCUCACCUGCCUCCUCUGUGCCCUCUCCAGAAGAGGAUCCCUCUGGAAAAGGUAGGUCGCUCCCCUGCUCGCUCCCUGCCAGCCCAGUUCCCACUUCAAAAGGAAACAAACUCGCAAGACGUUCCGUCUUGCGAAGCAAGCCCAUAGAGAAAUUCGUCUUACGAGCACCUCAAAAACCGCAAAACCCUUUCGUCUUGCGAGUUUUUCGUCUUCCAAGGCAUUCGUCUUGCGGGGCACCACUGUACUUUUACCUUUAUUAGGCCUGGCCAGUGUAUUGAUGCAUCUGAAAAGUUCUCACUCAACCCUCCCACCCAUCCCCAAAAACUCUCAGCUGCACUGCUGGGAAACUACACAGAAUGUGACUGAUUGUGACAUCUGAAUCUGGGCUCAUAGUUUGUGUCUCUCCAAACAAACCAUAAAUACUAGCCAAGAUUUUUGUAAGUCACGUUGAGGCUUUUUUCUUUUUAACGAUCAGAUGGUAUAUAAAUUUUAUGAAACAAAUAAUAAAUUAUUGGCUUACUUUUUGUGGUUUAUUUGGAAAGCAGCAAACUGUGUGCCUCUACCUUGGAUGUCAUGAUAAACCAGAUUGUGUCUUGUUUCCCAGCUGCAUGGCAGCAGUAGGCACUGGGGAGGAGCAGAGUAAGAAUUUGGCUGCUCAUUCACAUUAAACCAUUAAAAAAACAACAACUUCCGUGCUAUUCCAUAAUUUGGUACAAAUGGUGGAUUCUGUACCCAAGCCUACUUUACAUUGUUUAAAAUAUAAACAUUCCUGCUACAUAUCAUGAGCUGUUGGUUCAAGGCAGAACUGAGAACAAAGCUUCCUCUUCUAUUUCCAAAGAACAGCUAUGGACAAUUACUUGGAACAUGACUUUGUCUUUAUGUGGAACAAAUCUUGGCAACCUUCCGCAAUGAGUCAUCCUGCUGUGUAAUGUACUACAAUCUAAUGUUGCCAGUUCUGUGUCUUACAAGACUGUUCCGUUUUUGGAGUUGCCAGUCUGUUAAUUAAGGAGCCACACGAUUCGUUCAGAAUACUCAUAGCACUAUCUAUGACACUUACUCCUGAGCUACUUCCUUUCUGUUAUAGAAUUGAAUGCACACACGUUUUCUGGCCCAGUUGUUCCCAGAACUGUGGUGGUACAUCCUUGAAUUCUUAUCUAAAAGCAUCUAUCCUACCCCACUUUCCUUAAGAUGUCUAGAGCUCCUGGUUUCUCUGGCUGGAGGUAGGCAUCUGUCAGAGUUCCUCAGAGAGCUGAGGUGCAUCCUGGCAAAUAAGAAUACAGUGGUGCCUCGCAAGACGAAAUUAAUCCGUUCCGCGAGUAUCUUUUUUCGUCUUGCGAAGCAACCCGCUUAGCGGAUUAGCGCUAUUAGCGGUUUAGCGGCUAUUAAAGGCUUAGCGGCUUAGCUGCUAAAAGGCUAUUAAAGGCUUAGCGGCUUAGAAAAAGGGGGGGGGAGCGAAAAAAAAUCUCAAGACUCGCAAGACAUUUUCAUCUUGCGAAGCAAGCCCAUAGGGAAAUUCGUCCUGCGAAGCGCAUUGAAAAAUGGAAAACCCUUUCGUCUAGCGGGUUUUCCGUCUUGCGAGGCAUUCGUCUUGCGGGGCACCACUGUAAGGCUUGUGGAGAGGCAGUUGUUGCUACUCUCUUGCUUCUAUCUCCUUCAUGCUUUGCUCCUGGAAGGAUGCUACCUUCCUGUUUUAAAAAGUUGAGUCAAGUGUACACAUUUGUAUCUGCUUAGGUGACAAUCAUAAAGCUCACUGCAACACUAAGUGAAAAUUGUAACAUAUUUUUGCUCUUAUGCAGCUUCUGAAAAUGGUUAUGGCAGGCUGGCAUGCCUUCUUAGCCCUUAGCAGAGCACUUUCAUAGCUAACAUGACAUCAUCCAACCUAUAAAGCAUGCCACUUAUCAACAUAAAGAGUUGGUGAAACAUGAGAAUUGUGGACCCUAUGAAAUCAAUACUUCUUAUUCCUACUUGAGAGCUCUCAUCAGCUCUAAGUUUCCAUGGAGAGCCUGGGGAAGCCCAGAACUUUAAAGCUUCAAUUAGAAAUCACCCAGCAGGUGGCUCUAGAAAUCUCUCCUGCAGUGUUGGGACAGGCUGCAUGCAGAUUCAUGUAACUAGGAGCCUAUUGAGUGGUGAAGUAACUUGCACUGUUUGCAAGUGUGCUUUCAAGAGCUGCUUUUGCAAGGCCGAUACUGAAGUUAGACCUAUGCAGGUACAGACGAGCAGCUACUUAACUCUUUAGCUGCACCUUGCAAAUAAGUCUAGCUUAGACUCUAAGGAACACAAUAUGAAGUUUGCCUUGACCAGAGAUCAUAACAAAAUAUCUUAUUGGACUACCUCAUUUAAAUAUUGCAGUUCCAUGUGACUAAUUAGGGGAAUUUGACAAGCUUCCAAGCCAGUGUUUGCUUAUUAGGCAAAGAGUAGUUUUGGGACUAGAAGUCCACUGAUGUCAGUUGGUAUUCUACCAAAACCUGAAAGGACUCAGAACCUUGUUCUGGCAAUUGGAUUUAUAAAUUUGAGCACUGCAUAUUAUGGAACUGUCUGUGUAGUAGGGAUUGUUGGUAAAUGAUGUAAGCAUUAAGAUGACAGCAUGUUCUGUUAGGAUGCAUAAAUACUGAUUGUUUGGAAUAGAAGUGCAAGGCAUACGCUUCCUUGAUGGGAACAGGCCAGUGUCCAAGAAUAAUCUUGAUCUGGUGAAAUGGGAGUUGGUGAAUUAGCCGAUUUAUCAAAGCUAUUAAAUUGUCUUAAGCCUAUGCUCUGUACUGUAAGUCUCAUAAUCUCCUCUCUUGUAUCUGUAGAUAUGAUUUAAGCACCAUGGAAAAGAAAGAUUAAGAUUUCAACAUGAUUGGAGGCCUAUUCAUUUAUAAUCAUAAGGGAGAGGUUUUAAUCUCUCGAGUCUACAGGGAUGACAUUGGGUAAGUACUUCAACAACAUUUUCACCCUGCUUUCAUUCUGCACCCGCAUCCAAGUUCUUGUAGCUUCUGAGCUGCUGCUUUAACUGUGUAUGCAUGUAGAGAUUGUGUGCUAUGUGUUGCAUCCAGUCUGUGUCUAUUCUGCUACGUCUCUGGGUAUCUCAUGGCUUGAAUCAUUCCCAGUCAAAUGUCCAUCAUGGUAGCGUAGUUGGGAAUAGCUCUCCUUAAAUGCCGUAUUGAUUCUAGUAUGAGGAGAACUUCUUUAGGAUGGUCUCUGAUGGUUACAGGGCUACAGCCAUCAAUGUGACAUUGAUCAUCGUCUGAACAGUUUCAUAGGCUUUAAUUUCUAUAGGAAAGUACUUAAAGCCUAUGAAACUGCUCAGAUGCUGAUCAGUGUCACUUUAAUCAUUGUACUCCUGUGACCAUCACAGACCUGUCUUGAAUGCAGCACCUUGGUGUCUUGGUUCAGAUUCCUGAGUGCUUCUCUGUUGGGUUUAGAGCAUGGUUUAAUUCUAGCUCCCUAGAAGUAUAGCUGGCUUCUGGAUCAGGACUAGAUUUUAGUAUCUUUUUUGUCUCCUACCUUCCUUCAGCUUAAGAAACCGAUGCAUGCUUUGUAGAAUCCUAGAACUUGGCCCAAUGAGUCAACCUUGCAAGCAUUUACUAUAAUUAUGCGCUUCAAGAUUUAUUUAUUUAUUUGGUCUAUAUACUACCCUUUAUCCAAAGAUCCCAGGGUGUGUACAACAUUAAGAACAUACCUUACACAGUAUAAUAUUAAAAACAUAAUAUAGUACUGAAGGAGCGUCUCCACCCCCAUCGUUCUACCCGGACACUGAGGUCCAGCACUGAGGGCCUUCUGGCGGUUCCCUCACUGCGAGAAGCCAAGUUACAGGGAACCAGGCAGAGGGCCUUCUCGGUAGUGGCGCCUUCCCUGUGGAACACCCUCCCACCAGAUGUCAAAGAGAACAACUACUACCAGGCUUUUAGAAGACAUCUGAAGGCAGCCCUGUUUCGGGAAGCUUUUAAUGUUUGAUGUAUUAUAGUAUUUUAAUAUUCUUUUGGAAGCCGCCCAGAGUGGCCGGGGAAGCCCAGCCAGAUGGGCGGGGUAUAAAUAAUAAAUUAUUAUUAUUAUUAUUAUUAUUAUUAUUAUUAUUAUUAUUACAUAAUAGUAAACAGCAUAAUAAAAUAAUCAUAAAAAACAACAACCCCAGCCCAGCCCUCAAGCCUGCCUUGAUGUUGUGCCACAUACCUGGGUGGGCACAACUGGCUGAGAGCAACUCCACACUUUUCACCCACCAAGGGCUCAGAGACUUACAAUUGCUGUAGAGUAGUGGCCUACUCUCUGUUCUGCUUGUCAGGGCUGCUUUGCCUUCCCUGUUACAGCCCUUGUUCCAGCAAAGGAGGAAUCUGAAGCUCCUGAUUGUUCGCUUGAAGACCUACCCUAACUUGCUGCACAUCUGAUGGCAUGUAUGAUGCUUGGUGUAGUGCAGCUGAGCAUGGCUUCCUCAGAAUGGUCUCAUGGGCCAAAUUGGGAAGCAUGGUGGGUCAGUUUUGGCCUAGGGGUCUGAGUUCCCUGCCCCUGAAGUACAAGUUUAGCAUAGUUUCCCAUAUCUCUGCUUCAGACUUGGGCCUACUAUGGUGUUUGGUGUCUGAUCUUUUCUGUUAUGCUUUAGGCAGCAGGACCUUGGAUCCCUUUGGUGUCUGUUGGUCUCAUAACCUGUUACUGUUAAGCACUGUUCUGGCAGAAGCUGUAGCCUUUAAGUGCAUAAUUAUAGUCUUAAAGAUGAGUUUUUCCUCUUAAGGAAAGGUAAAAUCCGGUUCUUAAAAUCAAGAAAAAAUCAUAACCAUACAUUAAAACAUACAAAAGAAAGAAGAAAGGUAAAUACUUCUUUACUAGUUAUAGAUUUGUGAAGUAUAGCCACACUCCAGUAGCUGGCAGAUGAGACGUAAUAGAAAACAUUCUGCACACCAGAUGAGGGAAAGUAAAAGUCAAAUUCUACAGCUACAUAACUUCUCAGGGAGUUACUGUAUUUUUAAUGAAAAGAGUGCAACUAUAACUUACAUCCAAGGCCACACUGUCAAAUGAGUUUUUUAUUUUGCCUGCAGUGUCUUAUUCUGGAUCUUCUGGGCAGCUGCAUGUUCAGCUACUGUACCUAGUCUCCAAAAUAUCACUCCUCAUAUCAGCUCAGUGUAAUGCAUAAUGCAUUAUGCGUGAAUGUGUCUUAACUUUGUUCCUAGCCUUGGAAAUUUGUGCUUUAACGCUUGGAACAUGGCACCUGACGCUUAAGCAUGGCUCUACCCCAGGAGCUCAUGCUAAACUGGUUCUCAUCUCUUUUUGUAUAGAUAAUGUAAGCCUCACUAUUCAGGUUUGUAAAUAGCAACUUACCCAUUACCUGCGGCUAUUUUAUCCCUGCCAGGAGUCCUUACAAAAGUUGUUAAAGCAGAAAGUUGUUGGUAUAUGUGGGAUAAGAGGUCACCUACUUCUUGUGGACUGAUAAAGCUGGAUCAAAUUUAUUAUGAUGAGCCCAGCAUUCACUAUUACCUAUUUGCCAGAAAGUUGGUGCAUUAUUUUUUUUUUUGUCUUGUCAAAGUGCCCCUUCUGCCUCCUGAAUGGUACAUUAAACUAUUGGUUUUGGGGAGGGGAAGGGGUUUGAAACCUGUACACUAUGGACACACAGAAUAAAACUUCAAAUGACACCUUUAUCUGGUGCCUAGACAUGAUCAGGGUGACUAAUGUAGACUGUGGAUUGGUCACAGCUCAAAUUUCUAAAGACAAAGAGGGCUAAUAGUAGCAUGCCUAGCUGCCUGCAUGAGCUUGGAACUUCUGCACAGCUUAUUACAGCUGAUCUGUGCUGGCAUCUUCUAUCACAGGACUCUCAAUCCUCUUCUCAUAGGAGGGCUGUGAUAUGAAACUAGUUAACUAUUUUGAAACAUGUUUCCCUUUAACUAUUUUUAAACACACUUGGCUGCAAAGGAUUGGGGCAGAGCUUUAAAAACCUGUAACACUUGUGGCCAGUCUCAAGUGGAGCUUCUGGCUUUCAUUGAACAGCAUGUGUCUGCCUAAUAUGUGAAAGUAAAUUCCAUGAACUUCGCAUGGUUUAAACAGUGUAAAAAUUAGUGAGUCAAAUUAAGAGUUCUGGAUUUUGUCUGAGAGCUUUGUACUGUACAUAUCACAGUUAACACUUUAAAAAAAAACACCUUAUGCAUGUAUAGAGAAGUGGGGUGUAAUUUACACAGAUCCUGUUGCACGAUUAUGUAUCGAUACAAAACUAAUACAGCUAAUCCAGGAUAUGUAGUAUGGGAGAUAAGCCCUACCUGCUAUUCUUGGGUGCAUCUGGUGCAUUAUGGAAGUGCUACAAGUAGAAAAUAGAUGAUUGAAUCUUGCUAUUAAGCAGCCUGCUUGUCAAAGCGGAAGCUGCAAGGAAGCAGGGUUGCUGACUAAGCCACAAUUGGGCCAAAUGAUAGUGAGAUGGGAAGGAAUGUGCAUGCUUGCAACACUUGUCCAGAUAAUGUUGUUAUUUCCCAAUAGAUUCCACACUAUUAAUAACUCUGUCCAGGGCAGCAAAAUAAUGUAACAAUGUUAUAAGCCUCACUUGGCAACAGAUUUGUUAGAUAACUCCAUCUCUUUGCUGAGAUAUAAUUUUCAUUCUUGGAACAGCAAGUCCCAAGUGACACUCCAGAAGCCACUGAUGCAGAAUUGGCUGCAGUUCUAAACAAAAGUGAUGCCACUACUAAGUUUCUACUUGCAGAUUUUAGUAUUACAAGCAGGUGUGGGGAGCAGAAUUUAUCUGUGCUGGUGUCUUGCAGAGAACAUGCAAGGAUCUAUUGCUGCUAGCCAUGCCUUUCCUAGUUUCUACAGAAGGAAAGCUUUAUUGGGCAAAUCAUAACUUCUGUUAUCCAUGAAAUGUGUUUUCAUGCAUUGAGGACAAAUUACCAGAGCCAUGUGGCUUUGGAAUGUUGACCUAGUAUGCCUAUAUAACAGUUCGAUAAAGCAAUGUCCUGAAUUACUAUACUGCUCAUGCAAGACUUCUCUGGUCAGGUUUGUAGUAUGCAUGGAUCAUGUCUGUCUAGUGUGCAGCAGUGAUCUUCUAGCUGCAUGUUGGCUUGGCAAAAAAUAAAAAAUAUUGCAGUACAGACAAUCAUAUUAGGCAGCUAUGAAGUUUGGGUACCGAUCCGUCAUUGUAUUUCCUCAUUAGCAUUGCUGCCAGAUACUGAAUUUUGAGAACUUGCCCCUUCAGUAGCUUUCAAGAAUCUGUUCCAAAACAUAACUAGCAUUUAGGUAUUUGUAUUUCUACCAGUUUAUCUCAGUUAGAGCACACUUGUUCAGAUUAGGAUAUAUUUCAGUGCAUUGACUACUUCAAUGAAGUAUUCUUUAGGAAAGGACAUAGAAAUAUCUGAUUGCAGCCACCACUUUUAGAUGGACAAGGAUGUGGCAAAGGAUGUGUAGGCUAGAUAUAGGCUGCUCUGUCCACAACAGCACACUGUCUUCUUCUAAAUGGUAAUAACAGAAUCUGAGCAUAUUCUAACUUGAACUUGCAUAUGUAAAGUUGCUGCCUUAAACAUCAAAGGAAGUGAGGCUUUACAACUUGCUACUUGAAUUCUUUUAAAAUUUGUGUUUCUUCAUAUUGCAUUUGCAUAGCAGAGUCAGAAUGGCUUGAAAAGUGGAACCAUCCCUCUGAAUCUUCAGUUGAUGUAGAAAUUGUCAACUGGGGCUAAGGGCAAAGAAAAGUGUUUGGCAGGGACUUUCAAAACUCGAAGUAUUUGUUCCAGGAGUACUUGUUAUAAAUAGGAUGAGGCUGCACUCAUAGAAACAGAGUAAUUUAUUUCAGUUGGUGGUUUUGUGCCUCAAAGGACUUUCGAGAACUGGCAGGCUGAUGCUUCCCAUCUCCUAAAGCAGCCGAGUUGGCCUCCAAAGUUGUAAGAUGGACUUGAAAGCUAGCUAAUAAUGCAAACUCUAAAACAUUCUGAGCAUGAAUGUUGGCAUUCAAGUUUCUGCAGCUGAGGACUAGAAAUAGUUAAAGCCAAAGCAAAGCAGGCUAUUAAAAGUGUGGCCAAAGGCUAAUUCAAGCUUUGGCUUCCUUGUCCCAUAUUUUAUCAGUGGCAUCAAGUGCCAUGAUCUGUAGCUGUCUCUUGACCUUGGGUUCUCCAUGAACAGUGUUAAACCUGUAUGUUUUGCUGCCCCUGUAAGAGCUUCAGCUGCUGCUGCCUAGGGAAUUUAAGUACCACUUUGAAACUUGGGAGUGGGAGGGGGUUGCUGUCUGUCGUCUCUUCUUUCUUUUCUUUCUUUUUGUUCAGAUUCAUUGUGCUUUGUGUGUGUAUGUGUGUGUUCUAACCUUUCUCUUGUUGCUGUCACUCCUCCUUUUUCUUCGCUGGCGCCAUUUCUGUUCAUCCCAUCUCAUUGGCUGCUGUAGCAAUAGGUAAGAGAUGUAUGGCAGGAUGUAAUGGGCACUGCAGUAUGGGGGAACUGAUUUGAUAUAGCAAAUUUAAUAGUAUGGCCAAAGUCACUGUAGUAUUACAUCAAAAGCAUAUGUUAACAUUAAUGCAAAUAGUCUGGCCCAUUUCAAAGCAACUCAGCACCCUCCCAGUUUAAGAGGUUGAAACCUACAGACUCUUAAGUCGCUUGUAUAACACAUUGUCUGACCUCAAGAAAACUGGUGUAUUGAGAAGCUAUGUACACCUGAGUCUCCUCCCAUUAUUCUUAGAGCUAGUAUUACUUGAGCAGAUCCAUCACGUAGUAACGAUGCAAAAGAAGCUUGGAAAGUGCUCUCUCUUAAGAGUGAAGCAGACACAUAUAACAUCUGUCUGCAGCACUAAAGGCAGUUUGGAGCUCUGAGUAGAGCAGGCAGCUGAGCACCAAAGUUUCAACAAAUCAGGUGUUCUGUCUUUCUGGCUUCACCUCUCUUGGUUUUUCCUUCAGUAUUCUUCCCUGUCAAAAGGCAGAUCUGGGAGGCUUUGGAGAAGAUAAACUUGUACAUUUUAUAGUGCUCUAUCCUUGCCUUGCUUUAUUUAUUACACCCUGCCCUUUCUCCAAUGUGCUCAACGUAGUUUGGAAGGUCUCUCUCUCACCUCCCAUUUUAUCUUUGCAGUCCUGUGAGGUAGGCUAAGCCAAGCAGGAGUGACUGUCCCCAGGUCUCCCAGUAAGCUUGGUUUCUGAGUGGGAAUUUGGGCCUGGAUCUCCCUGGUCUUACUUGGCACUCUAGCCAUGAUGCCACACAGACUUGAUUUGAGUUUGGUGGAGCAUGUAUAUUGCAACAGACUCUCAUUCACUACUGCAACAAAUAUUCAGUAUGCAUUGGCAGAUGCAUGGAUGAUGAAGAAUGAUGUGCUUUGGUACCUGAAAGCAUUAAAUGGUAACUAAAAGGUACUGCUUUGAAGUUUCUUACCAUAGCUGAAAGGGACCCAGUAAGUUCCCUGGGAAGUUCCCUGUUGUUAACAUUCCCAUAGAUGCUUGCAGAGCUUCCUGAUUGACGAUCUCCCCAGGGUGGAGAUUCCUUGCCCUCCUGGGCAGCUUGUUCCACUGCUGAAAUUGCUCUUACACCGACAAGCAGUUGCUUCAUGUGCAAUAUAAUAUACUGUUGUUCUGUCCAUAGUGUUGCUUAGAGCAGUGCUUUUCAACUUGUGAUACUUCACCAUAUGCCUGGCUGUUCAAGUGUCAUUAGUUGAAAAGCGCUGAUUAAGAGCUAAAUUUUCCAUCUAUUUAAUAAUAAACUUGGUAUAGACUAUACAUGUAAACCAGAUUAAAUCCUUAAGAAGCAUGCCUUCUGAAGUUGGAGGAAUAGGUCAGCAUGCCUAUGUCUGUCAACAACACUUUGGUUUCUUCAGCAGAGAUAUAGGUAAACAACUUGGUGGGAUAGUAUGUAUCCUGUCUGCCUGGUGCUUUUGGUCUCUCACUCUUGUCUUCCUGCCACAUUCCAAUUCUCCAGGCGGAAUGCAGUGGAUGCCUUCCGGGUCAAUGUCAUCCAUGCACGGCAGCAAGUGCGCUCACCUGUUACCAACAUUGCCCGCACCAGUUUCUUCCAUGUCAAGCGUUCCAACAUCUGGCUGGCUGCUGUCACCAAGCAAAAUGUCAAUGCUGCCAUGGUCUUUGAGUUCCUCUACAAGAUGUGUGAUGUGAUGACAGCCUAUUUUGGAAAGAUCAGUGAAGAGAACAUAAAGAACAACUUCGUGCUCAUCUAUGAGCUACUGGAUGGUGAGGAUGAGCCGUUCUGACUCAAUGCUGGGGGGCUUGUUUGCAGUAGAUGCCCAGAACUUUCACUAUAAAUUUGGGGUUGCCAGUAUGGGCUAGCAGGUGUUGGGCAUGUUGUUGAUGUAAACAUUCAGGUUUCCCAAGUGCUUAGCCAGAUGGGCGGGGUAUAAAAUAAUAAAAUUAUUAUUGUUAUUAUUAGCCUUGCAAUAACUUUCCAUUUAAUGCUAAAUGCUAAAGUUAUAACGAGCUGGUGCAGCUGGGAAAACUUUGAGUUGGGUGUAGCCCACCGCAAGCACUUCAUUUUCUCUGUACAGUAGUUUGCUUCUGCUUUGUAUUUAAUUCUGCAUAGAGUUUAAGAUGGGGAGGUUACCUUGUCUUCUUCCAUCAAGUGAAUGAGAUGACACAGUCAUCCUAGCUUUGUAACCAAGAUUUCAACUCAUAAUGUGUGCUUUGUUUGUAGAGUUUGUAGAAUUAAGUUGCAGACUGAAGACUUUAUUUAAUGCAGGGUGUGUGUAGUACAAAUACCACUUGUUUGGGAGGUAGAACUCUGCUGAACAGCCUUAGCUUACACUAACUCCAUAAUUGUCACUAGUGUACUUAUAGAAAUUCUGCUUUAAUGAAAGUCUCAUGGCUUGACUAGUCCCUAACUUGCACCAAGGAGACAAUUGGCUGCAUCUGAAUUUGCUGCUCUAACUGCAACCUUCCGGUUGGCACCCCUAAUUCUGUUCCUGCUGCAUUAUUUGACCAUUCUGAUGCAGGGACUCUGCAGAACUACCUGCCCUCAGAUUAGACACAUCGUGGAACAUUUCACAUACAGAAAGAUGUGAUUAGGUUUGCGAGGGCAGGUAAUUCUUCAUAUUACAUGCUUUAAAAAGUGAACCAUGUGUUCGAAAAGCAAACCUUUUCAGGUGAAAAGUGAAGUGUGCUUGCAAUUUUAAUUCAGGGAAAAAUAUAGACCCUCAUUUAACAGUCUGGUAAGCCUUGGUUUAAAGAAACCUUCUUAACAGCUGCUACUGAGAGAUGUUUCAGUUCAACUCUAUUCCCACAGGCUAUCUACUACUCAAAAGGUUCAGUACUUUCAUUUACAAAGUGGCAGAUGUUCACUUUAGUUCUUAAUGCUGGCCUUUCUGUGAUCCAAAGAAUGUAAUUAAGCUUCCUUAGUUCCCAAAUUCUGUGGUCAUGGUUUAAUUACUGCUGUAUCAAUGUGACAAAGAUAGUGGAAUUCCAGGAAUGGCACCAGUGUGCUGGAAUUUAUGAGCCUGGUUCCUAAAGCUUCAUUCAAGCCUGUCUGGUAGAGAGAGUGGGAAGGCUUUCUAGAUCUUCAGCUUGCUGGAGUGUAGCAGGAAGCAGGUCCUCAAGCACAGUGUCACUUCCUAUUUGUGUUGCAGAUCUGGAUCCUGAGAGGCAGCUCAGAGGGUGGGGUUGGGUGGGGGCAGCUAAUGGCAGUUUUCUUUUUCCCAAGCCUGGCUGGUCGGCCUGCCCUGCGACACCUGCUACUCUGCUGUUAUUUUUUUAGGUUUUGAUUUUUAUGGUAUGCUCAUGCGAAAAUCAAAACCUAAAGAAAACGCUGCAAAGAUAGAUUAUUCUGCUGCUGUUGGAUAAUCCUGCUUCAGAGCAGGUUCCCUUGGAUGUCUGGAUUCCAUCCUGUUAAGUGGACUGUCUGUCUUACCUUUACUGCUGCAGACUAUAGGGCAGCUCCGUGGGAUCAAUGUCGAACAUGAUUGCAGUUGGUGUGGGGAAUUGGGUGGUUGCUUGUCAGCGUGAGCAAAGGCUGCAGUUGAUGCACCAAACUUUCUGGUGGUUGCCUUUUCUCUGAUAACUCUUUACCCCCUUCUGUAGAAAUCCUGGAUUUUGGUUACCCUCAGAAUUCCGAGACGGGGGCCCUGAAAACCUUCAUAACUCAGCAAGGAAUCAAGAGCCAGGUAAAAAAUGGGAAAGAGGGUAGGAAGAGUUGGGAUAUGGGGUGUGCACUUUUCUGUACAUGAUUAGUUAGAGUGACCACAGACUCUCAAUGACUGUGACAGAAAAUGGCUAUUUUUAAAACAUACUAUGCCCUUUUAAAAUGUGGUUCUUUUUUGGGGGGGGUUAUUUGGUUGCUGUUUUUAUUUUGAUUAUAUAUAUUGUGGUUUUAUAUGUUCUUGUUUUGUGAAUGCCCUGUAAUGACUCUCUGGCGUUAGCAAUUGUAUCAAAAUAAGCUGAGAUGCUGACUAAAGACUAACACUGUUGUAAUAAACCUAUGUGAGAAAGCGACAGAUCUUCUGCCCUUGGUCUCUUAGUAUAGGUGGAAAGAUAAGAAUGAGAUAUGGCUUCAAGUUACAAGAAAGGAGUUUCCAACUAAACAUCAGGAAAAACUCUGACAUUAAGAGCUGUUUGACAGUAGAAGGGACUCCCUUGGGAGGUGGUGGACUCUCUCCCCUUCCUUGGUUUUUCAGCAGAGGUUGGAUGGCCAUCUGUCAUGGAUGCUUUAGUUGAGUUUCCUGCAUUGCAGGGGGUUGGACUAGAUGACCCUUGGGAGUAUCUUCCAACUUUACAAUUCUGUGAUUCUAUUUUUGGAGUGGAGGGCAAGAGAAGGAUGUUGGAAAUGGUCAGAAGCACAAGACUGGAGCAGAACUAUAGCACUGUAAUUCAAAUGAUGCUUCAGAAAUUAGUUCAAGGUGGCAUAUGGAAGGAGUCAUGAAAAGUGGCAUGUUUUAUGCUGUAAGUAAUCUGGGACAGAUUAAGUAUAGAUAAACAGGGCUUGUAAAUUGGCCAAAAGAUUUGACCUGCACUAAUACUAGUGGUGCCUGUACAGCCUCCAUGCAAUGAGUCCUGGACAGUAAUUUGGCAUGCUGUCAUGAGGUAACAGGAAUGUGGUUGAUGUGUAGAUAAAAGGCUGCCCUAGAACAGGGGGACUAGUGAAGAGUUGUCACUGUGGGCAGCUGAUAUGGAUGAACAGUCUGGUGCUGGGAAAGAGCAGUGGAGACCAGAUUCAUAUUGCUGCUCGGCAGGUACCUUUGGGAUAAUCAGUGGCCAGUUUUGGAUGUAGUAUUAAGCCAGCGAUGGGGAAACUCAGGCCUGGGGGCCAAACCCUGCUGGCCUCAGUCUGUUUCUAGGGACUCUGCCCCCCACAAACCCCCUUCUCAGGCACACCCCUCACCUGCCUUACUUUGCACCCGCCUUCAAUUUUUUUUACUUGGCUAGAAUGUGUCCUUGAACUCUCUCGUAAUGCCUCUUGCUAGCCUUCCUAGAGAAUAAAGAGAGGUGUAUGAGUCUCUCUAGAAACUAGCCUGCUGUUCAGAGGUAAACUUGACAUUUGCUGUUCCGCCUUGUUUGCCCACCACUGGCAUGUUACCCACCUCCUGGAUACCAGAUGUUGUCAAAGACAUGGGUGGCCAACAUGCCAGCCAGUUUUGAGAGGUGGAGUGUGUUCUGGUAUUGAUAUAGGCAUGGAGUUGGGUCAGGAUGUAGAUACUUGCCAUGUCCACCCCCAUCGUUUAGCCCGGACACUGAGGUGCAGCACCGAGGGCUUUCUGGCACUUCCCUCACUGUGAGAAGUGAAGUUAGAGGAAACCAGGCAGAGGGCCUUCUCGGUAGUGGCACCCGCCCUGUGGAACACCCUCCCAUCAGAUGUCAAGGCAAUAAGCAACUAUGUUACUUUUUAGAAGACAUCUGAAGGCAGCCCUGCUUAGGGAAGUUUUUAAUGUUUGAAGUUUUAUUCUGUUUUUAAUACUCUGAUGGAAGCUGCCCAGAGUGGCUGGGGAUACACAAUCAGAUAGGUGGGGUAUAAAUAAUAAAUUAUUAUUAUUAUUAAGAAGAAGAAGAAGAAGCUAGCCUGUGGUCUGAAUUGAUCCAUUGCCAUGUGUCAAGUCACAUGUGAAUGGACAAAUGGUCUCUCUCUCUCUCUAUAUAUAUAUAUAGGUUGUAAAUUUAAGAGGAAAUCAUCCUCUAUUUCUGAUGCUUCUCUCAAGGGGCAGAUACUUAGCUUAGUACAGCAUUUUCUGUCUCCAGCUCACCUGAGUUGCAGAGGCAUCCAGGCAAUCUGGCCUUGAGUCUCGCCCUGCAGUCCUGCCUGUUAGAUUAUUUAUUCCCCAUUGCUGGCAUUCUCAGCCUAGUCUAGUCCAGCCUUUCUCAACCUGGUGCCCUCCACAUGUUUCGGUCUGCAGCUCCUACCAGCUCUGCUCAAACCAAGUUGAGAAGGCAGGUCUACUAGAAGACUCCUCCCUCGGCCAGGCUUAUUAACCGAAUAGAUGAGCAGCUUUGUAGAACCUGAGAUUGUCCUGAGCAUAACACUCUUCUCUCUUCCUCCUUCCCUCCCACUGACCUGCUUGGCUCCUAACCCUGUAUGUGCUGCGCUUGCUGCUAUGCAUCUGUUUUUCUCACUCUGCGUGUGACUGGUGGACCUGCCUAUAGCAUCAGGUAGGAAAAUUUGCAAUUCCUCCCAGGUCCUUCCAAAGGGGCACCAGUUAUGAGACGGUUCUGAAACGGGGACUGACCAGUGGCCUUGCACUGCAUGAAUGAUUGUAGAGUCUUUUUGGGAUGAAAAACCAGUUGAUUGGGCGGAGUGGGCAGUGACCCUUGCUCUGGCAUAACUACAUCUUCAGCCUCCUUGUAGUAUUCAAAUUGUGUUUCCUUGUCGUACUCCUGGCUUGCAAGUGCCUGCUUCCAGAGCACAUACGAGGGCAGAGUGCACUUUCAAUUGUAACAUUUCCAAACCCAAUGGGGGUGUAACUUUGAAAUCUUGACCCUUAGAACAGAUGCACCUAAGAACUUACCUCCUUUCCUAGUUGACGUGACUGAUGUUCUCCACACUGAUCUGCCCACUGGCCCCUUGGGUGUUCAUAGAAUAAAUGGGUAGUGGUUGCAGGUAUGUCUAUUUGUAGCAAGUUUAUUGUCAUGCAGGGCAAUCUUCUGUUGUUGGUAGAGUUUGCCCGUGACAUAUUGGGCUCCUAAAAGCAUGUAUGUUCUUUGUCCUUCAGACUAAGGAAGAGCAAUCUCAGAUUACUAGCCAGGUAACUGGUCAAAUUGGCUGGAGGCGUGAAGGGAUCAAAUAUCGUCGCAAUGAACUCUUUUUGGAUGUGCUGGAGAGUGUGAACUUGCUGAUGUCACCACAAGGUAAGUGCAGCAAAGGGGCUCCUAUUCUAGUGAAAUAAAGGAAGGAGGUUGAGGGUGAUGACACUUUCUUCUCUCCUGCUUUAGCAGUUGUUCUUUCUGCGUUUCUCUCCAGGUCAGGUAUUGAGCGCCCAUGUCUCUGGCAGGGUGGUGAUGAAGAGCUACCUGAGCGGAAUGCCAGAAUGCAAGUUUGGCAUGAAUGACAAGAUUGUAAUUGAGAAACAAGGCAAAGGGACUGCGGAUGAAACAGGGAAGAGGUAGGGGUGGGGGCUGACUGUGGGCCCCAGUUGGCACAGCUGAACUUUGUGUGUCUUUCUGCCCUGUCUUGCUCCCUUCUCAUUUGGGAAGCCACUCUAGCUUUCUUGAGGGUGAUUGUUCCUGUUUUACACCCUGCUGAGACCAGAACCACUUUUGUUUAUAACCCAUUUCCAGUAAGCUAGUCGAUUGUUCUCUAGACUUGCUGCUGCUACUUCCAAAUCGAUGAUGUUUUGAAUGGGAGUGAGAACAGCAGAAGGUAUAAAUAGCGAAUCUUGAUUUAACGAGGUACCAAGCAAAGCUGAUUUUUCAUUCCACUCAACAUUCCCCUAUUGUUGGCUUGGCCAAUUAGCAAACUAUCCUAAUCUAGUGUGUAUUAUAUGUUAUGAGCCUGUAAAUGAAGAGCCAUGAAAUUGCGUCCCUUCCCGCUGGGCUAGCUAGUCUGUGGAAUGAAUGGGAGUGGUGGGGUGGAAUAAUGCCACAACCAGCAUUGGUCUGCUUCUCCCUCCACGUGUCAGCUUCAACCAAAGCAUAGCUGUCCGUGGUCUUGUCAGUUUUCAAAUGGACCACCUGGGGUGGUGCAGGCUGACUGGCUCUGAGGCCCUCCUUACUCCCUGAUAACCACUUUUGUUAAUGAAUUCUUUUUUUUUCCUUUUUGUGUUCUGCUGACUCCAGUGAAACAGGAAGGUAGAUAACCUGCUUACUGCUGUGUGCACGCACUCCUCACCCCUUCCCCAUCUUUUUGCUUUGUGUGACUUGUGCAUGUGCCACCAUCUUUAGACACUUCCACACAGGUCAUGCCUGUGAUUGAAGGCUGAGCUGCCACUUGCCUGUUCUAGGGAACAAAGCCCACUACAAAGUGUUGCUGUCCCAUCAGGCUGGUCUGGGGACAGUCCUGCGCAAGCUGGGCGAGUUUCAUAAGGCUUUAUAGUAGGGGUUACUACUCCUGGCGAAGGCUGUGGUUGGCUUCUUGCAUUUAGCAGAGUAGCCAGAUGGCGCAGGAACUCCUUCCUCCUCCCAGGUACGAAAGCAGGUGGGGAAACCCAUGAGAGAAGUUUGAAUAGGAAGAUGAAUCUAAAUAUGGUUUUAUUGUGAUAACAGUGGGCAGAGAAGUAAAUUCAUUGGGCUGUGGGAAAAUUACUUUUCUUCAACACUGCAUCAUAUGUGUGUGUGAGAGAGCCUGAAUUUCAAAGAGAUAUUCCCAGUAGAAUGCAAGAGACAAGUUGCCAAGUGAAGCCUUUACCAAACCCUUUCGGCAAAAGAUACUGGUCAGGCUGUUCAGCCAGCUCCCUCUUGAAACAAAGCCUGAACCAUAUAAAUAUGAAGCAAGCUGUUUCCUAUGCCCAUUCCAUGUCUUGGGCACCCCCUUCUGUACCCUGUGGCCCGGAAGCAACCCUUCUGUACUCUGGCACACCCUCCUUGAAUGACGUCUGUGUCUCGAGUGUCAUUCGCUUGAUCCCAUUCAACACUUGCACUAGCCAAGAGUUGCAAUGAGAUCUUGGUGGUGUUGGAUUGUUCCUGGAGUUUUUCUUCUACAAGUGGCUGCGGGGAGCCUCCCCUGCCUCUUUCAGCAAAAGAUGCAAAAAAGUGAGACCUCACUGGAUGCUGUAAGUCACCACUAAACUCCAGUGACUUUGCUGAUCUUUUAAGCCUGCUAGAGAGGAAAUUUUCUGGCCCCCAAGUCCUUUCUGGUACAUGGAAAUGCAAAGGUUGGAGGGCAAAGAGCUCCUUCCGCCUUGUGUUGCUUAAUGGUCUGAACAAAAUCCCUCUUGUAGGGUUAUGUUGCUUCUUCCACCCAAAGGGCUUGGGCAGGGCAGACUGGACUCCAGUCUGCCAGAUGAAGUGUUAUGGGCAGAGCAGGAGUGAGCCUUGUAUAGCGAUCACUGGUGGGCUGCUGGGGAAAAGCCUAUUACUUGAGUCUUGAUGGAUAGCCAAACAGCCCUACUGCCUGUGAGGGAAUCGGUUGGCUCCAGUUGCUCUCCUCUCUGCCUCGUUUACUUCAUAAUUCCUUCUGUGAUGGCAAAGUGCUCCGUAGAGUAGUCUCAUUGCAGCUGAUAGCCUGAGUACUGCUGCAGCCUCAGAUGCAUGCCAGCAAGUGCUUCUGAUUGUGACUCUGCUUGUGUUCUUGUGCCGUAGCGGGAAGCAGUCGAUUGCUAUUGAUGACUGCACCUUCCACCAGUGUGUGAGGCUCAGCAAGUUUGACUCGGAGCGGAGCAUCAGCUUCAUACCCCCAGACGGCGAGUUUGAACUCAUGAGGUAUGGCUGGUGGGAAUAGGCUGCUGCACAGGUUUGCCUCUGCCUUGGCUGCCAUAGGGGAAUCAUUGGGGGGGGGGGGGCUCCCUGCAAGUCACAGCUAAGUAUUUUUCACUUGGUCACUUGCAUUUUUGAGUACAGAACUGGCACAAGGGGUGGAGCUUAUAACUAUUGCAUUGAUCGUGAGGUGGUGAUGAUUGACACUUUUCUGCUUGAGACAUUGGAGGCCAAAUGGUGCCUAAAGAUAUAUAAUGAAGGCGCCAGGUAAACCUCCCUGGGGAGAGCAUUCCACAAAUGGGGAGCCACUGCGGAAAAGGCUCGUUCUUGUGUUGCUGCUCUCUGGACCUGUUGUGGAGGAGGCACAUGAAGAAGGGGCUCAGAUGACAAUUGCAGGGUCUGGGUUUGUUCAUAUGUGGAGAGGUAGUCUUUGAGUUAUUGCGGUCCUGAGCGGGCUAAGGCUUUAUAGAUCAAAACCAGCACUUUGAAUUGGGCCCAGAAACUAAUUGGCAGCCGGUGCAGUUGGGCUUUGAACGGAAACUCUGUUUCCCUCUCCCCAAUAAAUGUACAUAAGCUCCACUGUUCUCAGCACCUUUUUGCCUGCUGGAAAUAGAUGUGGCUGCCUUUUCAGGUUUUUAAAUUGCAUUUUCAUUUAAUUGUUCUGCAAAGUAGACUGAGAGCAGUUUUUAACUUAACUGUACUUAACACCUGCUCUGUCCAUUAUGUCCUCUUUCCUUUCAAAAACUAACAAGUGGUUUAGCAUCAGGCUGUCCUUUCAGAUCAAGUGUCCUCUCAAGGAGCGGAUUUGCAGACUGUGGCAUGGCCACCCUCUGUUUCUGUAAGCGAAAGCAUAUCUGUUUCUCUUCUUGUCACCAUCCAGUGGUGAGACACUGGGAUGCCUUCCCCUCCAUCCACUAAAGGAUAUUAAAUCUUGACUCUCAGGUAUCGAACCACUAAGGACAUUAUCCUGCCCUUCCGUGUGAUCCCCCUGGUGCGGGAGGUGGGCCGCACCAAGCUGGAGGUGAAGGUUGUGAUCAAAUCCAACUUUAAGCCUUCCCUCUUGGCUCAGAAGAUAGAGGUAAGUGCAACAAGGGCAUCAGGUUUGCAUAAGAUGCAGCAGUAUGUUGUAGUGGUGUUGGGAGGGGGCUUCUGUGGAAGGAGUCACUUCACCUCCAACUUGUUAGCCUAUGAAAGAUGGGGGCAGGGGCUGUUGUCCCUGCUUUUCCCUCUUGGUGCCUGAGUAUAGAUGCUGUCAGGCCUUUGCAAAGCCUUUGCUUUUUCUGAAGAUCAGAGUGCUGUAACUGUCCUUGGAUAUGAUGCAGGUUUUGGCUGGAUAUGCUUGCACUGCAACAGAACCACACUGCUAGUACCUGAGCAUGGCUACAGUCUUUUGGCAUACAUUUCACUAUCGAUGGCAAAGUCAGCUGCUCCUUAUGUGUCCUGGACUGUUUGUUGACAAACGGGAAAAGUUCUGUUGAAAUGACCACAGAAAUGACAUUUCUGUUGAAAUGGAAUUCAAACUACUUCUGUCUUCCAGGUGCGAAUCCCAACACCUCUUAAUACAAGUGGCGUUCAGGUCAUCUGCAUGAAAGGGAAGGCAAAAUACAAGGCCAGUGAGAAUGCCAUUGUCUGGAAGUAAGUCAGUCCUGUCACACUUCUUGCUCUAGGCAACUGUAGCCUAAUAAGGGUAUUGGUACUGGCGGUUCUCAUACUCCCCUCCAGGCUUACCUGAUUUAGAGAACAGCUUCCUCUUUAUUCCCUUUUCUCGUUUCUUAGAAUUAAGCGUAUGGCUGGAAUGAAGGAGUCUCAGAUCAGCGCAGAGAUAGAACUUCUUCCCACCAACGACAAGAAGAAAUGGGCUCGGCCACCGAUCUCCAUGAACUUUGAGGUACGAGGGCAGAGUCUUUUCCUGGAUGGCUGCUGAAGUCACCUAUGAAUUAUUCCAGCUCCAGGAAGGGGCAGCAUUACUGCAAAAACAAAGGUGCAGUGAGCACAGGCAUUAAUUUCUUGUAUGCCCCUGUUUAACAGAAGUCAUUAACAGAAGUCAUAGCUUUUGUGUGUAUGCCCCCAAAGGUCACUAUAGGACUUCUCAUCCUGAUUCCCAUUAUGAUGCAAGUUUAAGAAAUCCCCUGCAAACCGAACUGCCAUGCUUUCUGUCUUCCUAAGAGUUGAAAAGCUGGAAUGAGAGAGUCAUUAGCUUCCAGAAGCCACGGUAAUUGGCAAGGUAGUUUGCUUAACUGGCAUUCCACAAGGACACUACAGGGUAACUCUGGAACAUGGGAUAGAAGUGGGGGGUUGAGGAAGAUCUCAAGUAUGUCCCUGCUGGGGAAUGAACAGGAUCCUGCAAGCCACUUGUGUAUUUAAAUCUGUCUCCCAGUUGUGUGCUUCUGGGUAACAGCUGCAGAUUUCUUACUGGAAUUAUUAAAGAGUAGCCAGCAGUUUGGCUUUUGACUUAAGGAGAUCUUCAGAACUGCUGAGGUGGUAGAGAACUAAAAAAGACUCCUGCUAUGAGCAGUUUCUUCAGUGCUGUAUGUUGGGGUGGGCAGCUUUUACCAACGGCAUCCAGGCUGUAGACUUAUUUCUGCUCUCCAUCCUUGCUCUCCUUUUGCACAGGUCCCAUUUGCACCAUCCGGGCUGAAGGUGCGCUACCUGAAAGUCUUUGAGCCAAAGCUGAACUACAGUGACCACGAUGUGAUCAAAUGGGUGAGGUACAUUGGCAGGAGUGGAAUCUACGAGACAAGAUGCUAGCCCUCAGCAGCCAGCAGGCUCCCUCUUCCCCAGCCUCCCUUGGUCUCAAAGUACAAUUGAAGAGCAUCUCUCUGGCCCCUCCUCCAUACAGAGGCUGGAAGCUAGACUCCUGCAGCUUCUCUGGAAAAAGAACACUGGUGCCUGCUCUGGCUUCAGUCACUGUUGGAGUUUGCAGCUGGCGUUGGGCGGCUAGAGAGCCCCCCCGCCACAGCUUACCUCUUGCUUCUGUCCCAGGGUAUAAAUGGGCCAGUCUAACCACCACCCCCUUGUGGUCAUUCUAGGGAACAUCCACCACCAUGUGAUAAAACCCUCCUCUUCUGUUGGUGUCACUACUUGCAUCAUAUCCUAGUAUUUUUGGAAGUUCUUGUGCAUAUGUACUUGUAGAAUAGGCCUGAAAACCAUAGGCUGGGCAAACCUUGAGUUGAUUCUGGCUCCUGUGCUUGCUAUUGCUGUUGUGAUUGUUGCUGUGCAGCCAGAGUGGGGCUCACACUUCCCCUCCCUCUUUGUUGUGUAGAGUCCUUGAUAUGGAGCCCUGCUCUGGGAAGGUUUGUGACCAAAAAGGCAGAGGGUUGGCAUCUGCUCCUUGUUGGGCUGGGGUGGGUGGGCAUAGCACAACAUUUCAAAGCCUUGGGGCCCUGCACCUUCCCCUUCCCCACCCCCAAUCAGAACUACACCCUCCUCCAAAAAGUAAACCCAGCAGGCACAUGAGGGCAGGUCAGCUUGUCUUUCAAAAUCUACAGAUUUUGUCCUCUUAAUUUGGAACUGGCCAGUUACGUAAUUCCUUGCCUCCAUUCUCUUCUCUCUCCCUUGCCCCCACCCUUUUUUCUUUUUGCCCAAUCAGUUUAUGCUUUCAUUUCCCAAAAUGCUUUUGGGUCAAUAGAAAUGCUGCUGCAACCCACAGUCCUCUGCUUCUGAUAGUGUGGUCUACCAUUUUGUACACUUGUGAUUUGUCCAGUUCUAAACCCAAUAAAAGUAUGUAGAACCAG